UAUCUAAUUUAUGUUUUUGUUUGAGCAGCCUCUGUGGGUUAGGGUAUGUGAUGUCGGCAAAUUUGUAAAAUAUCAAAUCACGAAUCUUUGACGUGGCACACAAGUAAAAAAACCCCCCCAAAAACAGUAAUCCACAUAGAGUAGAAACAUUUUGGGUAUAUCAUGGGAAAUAGCAAAUGUGCAAGAAGCGGAAGUGUGUGCAGGUGUUGGUGCAAACUCGUCCUGAAGGGGUGAAAUGAUGAGGGUUAAGAUAAGAUUAUCUCUGAUACAUUAACAUGUACUUCAAUGCUGUAGCAGGUUGAGAUGAAGCUCAUUUUAACUGCAUCAUAUACAUGGAGUAGUUUAAUCUAUAGCAAUGUAAGUAAGUAAGUAAGAAAGUACAACGUUUACUUCUGAACUGUAAUGAAGAAUUAAGUGGCAUGAGAUGGAAAGUACUUCAGAAUUGUACUUAAAUACAGACUUAAGUAAAUGUAGUAAAAGGAGUUGGCACAUCUGAUUAUACUGGCAAUGGAAAUGGUGUAAUAUUCAUCAAACCAGUGUAUAUUGUAUAAAGCUAAAUAUAUUGUUUCUUCUGAAAUAUGAAUAUGUUUUUGUACCUGUAUUUUCAGUACAUUGAACAUUUGCUUCGCCAACCUUGGAAAAAAACCAGCAGCUUGACUUUAUCUCACUUCCUUCCUUUGCUUCUACCCGUGUCCUGAGGGGUGUUCCCUCCAAAGUAGGCAGCAUCGAAAUUGUCUGCAACUUCAAACAGCCAACAUUAUACGAUGAUCUACUGCACGACAUCAUGGCUUGCCUGAAACUAACGACACUGGUUAUUUUGAUGUCAGUUAUUUUUUUAUUGUCUUGUAAGACAGGAUUUGGCAUGAAGCAGCCUAGCACCUGUAGGCCUGUUUGUACGGGAAGUGACUGCAUAACUGUUAACCAAGAACGAGUGGAUUUUAAAACAGCAGAGGAAGCAUGCCGUGACAACAAUGGGGAACUGAUGACACUUCAGCCUGAGACAGAUGAGAAUAUCCUUGACAAUUUGAGUCAAGAAUUAUUUGGAAACUUCUGGAUCGGACUGCAUUUAGCAGCUGGCACCUGUAGCAACCUUUCGGCUCCACUCAGGGGCUAUGAGUGGACCUCUGGCAGCACACCCAGCAGCUUUGUUCCGUCCUUUGGCAUCUGGAAAGACAGCAUUAAGGUCUGCUCUCCGAGCUGUGUGUCACUUUCCAAAGAUCAAAUGUGGACAGAGAGACCGUGCUUGGACAAAAUAGAUGGAUAUUUGUGCAGAACAAAGCAUAAGGAUGCAUGCCAGGCACAAGAAUUAUCAGAACCGAGAGUUUUCAAAAGCUCUAAAGGCUGCUCAGCAGGCCCUUGUGAGCACAUUUGCAAAGAUGUGGAAGGGGGUUAUGAAUGUUCUUGUUUCACAGGAUAUAGCCCAGACAGCAAAGACCCGAGGCAGUGCAAAGUAUACUGUGGAGAACAGAAAUGCCCCAUUGUAUGUGAUACACACGAUUCAUGCUCAUGUCCUUCUGGAUUUGUAAGGAAUGAGAAAUUCUGUGUGGAUAUUGAUGAAUGUGAGAUGAGGGAAUGUGCUCAGGGGUGUGAAAACACUUUUGGAAGUUUUGUGUGCUCCUGUAAAGAAGGAUUUGUACUUAAAGGUCAAGUCCACUGCGUCAAAGCAGAGCACAGAGAGGGUUUUGUGAUCACAACUCCCAUCACCACAGCUUUUCUUCAGUCUGACACUAAUUUAAAUACUGUGAGGGCUUCUUCAACACCUGCUGGGGGUCUUCUCUGGAUAAGGACUUUCAUUGCUUUGGCUGUGGCCAUCUUCAUAUCUGUGGUUUUAUUUUGUUAAGAGUCAGAAGCGCAGAGAACAAAACUUCAACCAACAGUUUUCUGCCAUGACUCCAGAGUGUUAACACUGAUUCAACUUGAUCUUUAACAUUUACAGUUUGGAAGACUUGCAUGUUGUGUACUGUUUUAAGAUUUCUGAAUAUAAAACUGGUAAAACUACAUAAGGCUGAGGAAAAAUGUCAAGAAGAAUCCAUUUGAAAUGCAUAUGGACUAUUCACUAGUCAGACGUUCAAGGUGGAGCUGAGAGUUAAUUUUGAUAUACUUUGAUAUUCAUAUAUGUGCAUAUGCAUGGAGAUGAUGAUGUGAAAUAAGAGUUCUGAAGUUCAUGAGUGACACAGUCUUUAAUCUGAACACCAGAGUCAUUUUGUGGUCACUUAUGGGGGAUGUAAUAUAAUUAAAAUCUAAGUUCAUUGA